UUAGUUGUAUUUCAAAAUUCAUUGGGUCGGGGUGUACUUUUGGAGGAGCGGAGUUAGAUCGAUAUUUGAUAUUCUAAACAUAGCUCUUUUUUGGUGAAGUGCAAAUAUAAAACAAAUAAUUGUCAGUGUGGCAAAAUUAGAAGAAAAUCAAUAGAAAAGCAGCUGACAAAAUUUUAAGUGUCUAUCGGUGCGCAAUUUGUGGUUUGUGAAGAUUAUAUAGAUACACAUUGGUGUAUUGUUGUUGGCGGAAUCAAAACUUAAAUUCACUUGCCGUGAAUUACCGUGACGUGUUAAUUGUGGAAUAUUAGAUAAAAUUCAUAUCCAUGUGCUUUACUUAUCGAAUUUGAACUUCUUUGAAAGUAAGAAGCAGGAAGGGACGUCGUCUGCAAACGUACUCACGUAACGCCUUAGUCAUUUGUUUAUGCCGUGGUGAAAUUUGUCCAAAUAACAAUUAGCAACAUUACCUCCGACAUUUUUUUGGAGAACAUCGGCUAUUUUUUAUAAACUGCAAAAUGUCCAAUCAAAAUGACACUGGUCACAAUGAACCUUCAAAUGGGAAUGGUAUACACUUCUCUGAUGAGACCGACUGUGGUUUGACCAUGAAAACGACAUUGAAAUCAUUAUCCUCGCUGGACACGUGUAUACCAUCAUCGCCCACUAAAAGCUCUUCUCUAAAGCGGAACACCAGUUAUGGCAAGCUCAUGCCCACAGAAACAAAGGAAACCAGAGUCAGAGUCAUAUAUACGGGCGGUACAAUUGGCAUGGUCAGAAAUGAAAGAAAUGUUUUGGCUCCUAUACCGAAUGCAUUGGUGAAACGAAUCCGCAAGUAUCCCAAUAUGCAUGACGAAGAAUACGCACAGAAACGCUUUGGCCCAUCGGCAUCUAUGGCCCCGUUGGUGCUGCCAUACGUCCAGGGCGAAAGUAAUCGAGUUAUUUAUCAAAUAACGGAGUAUAAUCCACUUCUGGACUCUAGUAACAUGACAAUGAACGACUGGGCUAGAAUAGCUAAGGAUAUACAGCAAUCAUAUGAAUUCUUCGAUGGCUUUGUUGUUCUACAUGGCACUGACACUCUCUCCUACUCUGCAUCGGCAUUAUCUUUUAUGCUGGAGAAUCUCGGCAAAACUGUGAUAAUAACUGGAUCUCAAAUUCCGAUUUUUGAGACACGCACCGACGGCAAGGACAAUUUCACUUCAGCCCUAAUAAUUGCUGGAAAUUAUGUGAUUCCCGAGGUCUGUGUCUUCUUUGGCAAUAAACUUAUGCGGGGAAAUCGCACCGUCAAAGUGAGUUCAAAUUCGUUGGAUGCCUUUGACUCGCCGAAUGUACCACCCCUUGCACGCAUCGGCAUAAAUGUAGACAUUGACUAUCGUCUUAUAUUUAGACCGUGCAAAGUGUCCCGUUUCAAUGUCCAUUUACAAUUGGAUGAAAAUGUCGGCAUUCUUCGAAUAUUUCCCAGUAUCUCUACAUCGACAUUUCGUGCAUUUUUAGCUCCUCCCAUGAAGGGGGUUGUAUUACAGUCUUUUGGUUCGGGCAAUGUGCCAGCAAAUCGCAAAGACCUAUUAGACGAGCUAAGGGUCGCAUGUAAUCGUGGUGUAAUCAUUAUAAAUUGUACUCAAUGUCCAACGGGUUCAGUGGCUGAAAUUUAUCAAACGGGCAAAGUUCUAUUUGACAUUGGCGUUAUACCUGGAUUUGAUAUGACCCCAGAGGCAGCUUUGACAAAAUUAUCCUACGUUUUAGGGAAAAGUGAAUGGUCCUAUGAUGUUAAGAAACAAAUGAUGCAAUCCAAUCUGAGGGGUGAAUUAACAUCUAAUGCUGGUCCGAAAAUGGAGGAAUAUGAUUUGGUGGAUGCAGUCGCUAGAUCUUUGCAUCUUUCUUCUCCCGAGGAAUUAAGUCAACUUGGUGCUACCCUCUUUCCAGCCAUGGUGAACGCAGCUGUUGCAGCAGGUGAUAUUCAAAAACUUAACAAUCUCAAGGCUUACGGUGCUGAUUUGUCUGGGGUCAAUCAAGAUAGUCGGACUGGCCUACAUCUGGCAUGCUACAAAGGUAAUUUGCCAGUAGUCAAUCACUUACUACUGAAUGGAGUUUCGGUCCACAUAAGGGACAUUCAUGAGCGAACGCCUCUGCUGGAGGCGGUAACCACAGAUAAUCAUGAAAUUAUAAACUUGCUCAUCACAUGUGGAGCCCAUUUGACGGGUUCUUCCCGUGCUGUGGGUGAACAAUUGUGUGCAGCAGCUGCCAGGGGUUCACUUUUACGUCUUCAAUCGUACCAGCUGGCUGGAGCGGACCUCUCCCAACCUGAUCCCUCAGGUCGGACCGCUCUUCAUGUGGCUGCUCAACAUGGCUACGAAGAAAUUGUCCAAUAUCUCUUGGAUUAUACCGAUAAUAUCAAGGAAACCGAUAUGCUCGGUCUAACGGCAUUAGAUUAUGCUGAAAGGGCCGAUCAGCAACACAUUGUGGCCUUACUUAGCAGUCAAAUGAAUGGCGACUAAGUAUAAUGCGUCCUAGAAUACGAUAUAAAAAAGGACUGAUAUACCUCGAAAUUUAAAUUUUUUGAAUUGAUAAAAAUGAACGGAUAGAUUUGGAUGACGUCCAAAUAAUUGCUUGAUAACAAGUGUCAUUUUAAUUAUCUCAAAAAUCACAUUAUUAUUUAAUAUAAGUUGAUGUUAACUAUUGCCUUAAGUUACAUACCAAAUAUUGUAAAUAUUGUUAAAAAUGUUUUUUUUUAUUUAUAUUAAACUUUUUUUGAAUGUGAAUCUUCCACAGCGGCAUCACCGAUGUCCUUCUAAUUUAUAAGUACUUCUUUCAUUGUAUAACCUUUCUUGUUUAAUAUAUCUUCCUGCAACCAUUAAAAUGUGACUCUUAUAAUUUAAGCAUUUUUUAUUUUAAAAAAUCCGAUUACAUAUAAAAUAACAGACCUAUUUUAAAUACA